CAAAUGGCUAUCUCACGUGUUUACCAACAUUGUACCGACAGAGCUGCUGUCGUCCUGUUAUGAAAUCGUGGUAGUAUUGAUAAAGGUUAGCUAAAUGUAUCACUAACUUUUAUUUGGUUUUCAAAUAUCGCGGAGAAUUGAUUACAGUGACUGGAUUCGUUGAUGUUUACUUCAAGUACGUAGUUAUAUCAAAAAAUAUCGGAGUGAGCACGAUGUCGUCAGGUUUCGCCCGUACUACCGAGAGCGAUGCAUGGGCCCUCCUUUCACUAAAAUCAGCCCCUGCGAGCCCCAAAGUGCAGUGGAAUCCAGGUGAAAUUAGUGAACCUAUAGCUAGGAUCGAAGGCCGGGGUUUUGAGUAUCUAGUGCGGAAAAAACAGAUUGUUAUAGGCCGAAAUAGUUCGAGAGGAGACGUGGACGUUAACAUGGGACAUUCUAGUUUUAUUUCUAGGAAACAUUUGGAAAUUUUUUUCGAUCACCCCUACUUCUUCAUGCAAUGUAACGGGAAGAACGGAGUUUUCAUUGACGGAGUGUUCCAGAGGAAAAGCGCUCCUUCGAUUCAGUUACCUAGAUCGUGCAUGUUCAGAUUUCCAAGUACAAACAUACGCCUUUCUUUCUACUCAUUGAUCGACGAGAAUUCGGAGCCCUCAUCCAAGGUACCGGAGGCCGGACCACCAUUACUUCGAAUAAGGGAUAGAGCAGGGGGUGGCGGUCAGCAGAGCAGCGGCUUGCCGCCUCUGCGUAUUAAAAUACCGGAGAGUGACAUAUACAACAGUCCUUUCCCCUCACCAACGGGUACUAUUAGCGCUGCUAAUAGUUGUCCGACUAGUCCUAGAGGGGGCCAUGGCAGGAGAAACGUGUCGGCUGAUCUACAAAUGGCCGCUUCAUACGCUGCCCAAGUCGCACAUAGAGAAGAUCCAUAUGUACCUGCAAGUCAUAGUCCAGAAAAUUACAGGCAAUCUACAGCAAAUGGAAAUUCCGGCUCCUCGGUUGGUAUAAACGAUGGAUACGGACCUGGAGGCAGCAAGGAUGACUCUAAACCCCCGUACUCCUACGCUCAGUUGAUAGUACAAGCCAUAGCAAGCGCACCUGACAAGCAGCUCACAUUGUCCGGGAUUUAUAGUUACAUCACAAAAAAUUAUCCCUACUACAGGACUGCGGACAAGGGUUGGCAAAAUUCCAUACGACAUAAUCUGAGUCUCAAUAGAUACUUUAUAAAGGUACCUCGAAGCCAAGAAGAACCUGGGAAAGGUAGUUUCUGGAAGAUCGAGGGUCAGUCAGAGACAAAACUUAUCGAACAGGCAUUCAGGCGGCGCAGGCAACGUGGCGUCCAAUGUUUCAGAGCCCCUUUCGGACUCAGUUCCAGAAGUGCUCCUCCGUCUCCCACCCAUGUGGGCAUGUCAGGUCUGAUUACUCCGGAAUGUCUAUCGAGGGAGAACUCACCAAUUCCCGAUCACAUGAUCGAUAUUAGUCAGUCAGCGCCUGGUAGUCCUGGAAAUCCGUCGAUGUACGCUGGAUCUGGAGGUAUGAUCGGCCAUCAGCAGAUGUCGGCUCUUGUAGGCUCCUCUCAAGCUAGAUAUAUAUUGCCGCACGGCAAUGAAAUUACAGAACAAGUUAUUUCUAGUAAUGGGCAAGAAAUUGUAGAAGAAAAAUUCCACACCGGUGUUGUUAGUGAAGAACGUUCCUUAUCUCCAUCAUCCUUUUCACCUCAACCAGUGAUUGUGCAAACCGCUAGCUAUUCUCCUUAUGGUGGCAAUAGUUACGGUAAUGUAGGUAUCGAUCUUAAAAGGCAUUUGGAGGAGCAAAGCGGUGAUAGUCCAUCUAGUUCAGGUGAAAACUACGAUAAUGAAAGAGACGUCAAAAGACCCCGUCAAGAUCAGAACUAUGAAACCGAAUGAAAACGCAGCAAACUUUUAACUUUCAAGUUUUAUGCAAUAGUAACUGAAAAAAAAUAAUUCUGCAGAAUGUAGAUCUCCAAGGGUGUUGAUCGCCUGGGGAGAGCGCUGGUUGACUGCAUUUUUAUGUGAUUAUGACCAUUAGUUCAUGAACAGAUCUAAACAAUGAAUUUUUUCAUACUAGUAUUCUUUUUUUUUCGAAAUGUAUUGGAAUU